AGGUGAAAGUUAUAGUGUUGAAGUUUGAAGUCAAGUGUAGCAAUGAGGUUAUGUGAGGUGGAGUAAUCGUUAUGGAAAAUGGAAAUAUGGAGUAAUCCAUGAUUUGUCAAGUUCUUAACAAACGGAAAUAUUUCUUUGCACUAAUGAUAAGAAAUGGACAUCACAACAUUAUUUAAAGCCUGCGUGAAGACUGUCCGUACUACAAACAAGUCCUUGGGUGUGAAAGAACAUAAGCAAAAUGUGCUUGGUCGAACACAAAAAGAUGUUCAUCUUGCGAAGGCUAAGGAAGUCGUUAAGCAAAUUACGAAUUUGCAAAACUUUUUCCUGGAGAAUAAAGCUGCUUACCUGAAUGUUAUAAACUAUUUAUCCACAAACAAAACCAUGACAGAGGUAGAUCGGGCUGAGAUAGAUACCAUGGCAGAGAAUAUUAUUAGUCGGUGUACACACUUGAUAACCGAAUACAAAAAAGAAAUAGCGGGACUUCCGAAAAGUAAACAGAAGGAGGAACAUUACCAAAAUGUUAUAGAAACGUUAGAACGAUACCUGAAGUGUGUAUCUAAAAUUUAUACAGAAGCUAAAGCGGUUCGAGUGAAAAGAGUAAUAGAAACUCAUAAACUCUCAAAACUGGAAACUAAACCCAGCAAUCAUCGUGUUGAAAAUAAUGAAAAACUUGACAAAACAAGUUUAGAAACUAAUUCCGAAGAGCCUCGCAUUCCACAAAGUCCUGCUGUAAAUUAUGAUGAGGAACUUUCUACAGAAGAAAUGCAGAUGUUCGAAUCUGAAAAUGACCUUCUGUAUAACGAGUUAAACAGCAUUUCAGAUGAAGUGAAACAAAUGGAAAGCAAAGUAGUGCAUAUUGCAGAAUUACAGGAAUUAUUCACUGAGAAAGUCCUUCAACAGGAAAAAGACAUAGAAAGAAUAGCUACAACAGUGGUGGGUUCGACAGAAAAUGUAAAAGAUGCUAAUGAACAGAUUAGGCAAGCCAUUCAAAGGAAUGCCGGGUUAAGGGUUUGGGUUCUAUUCUUCUUGUUAGUUAUGUCGUUUUCAUUGUUGUUCCUAGAUUGGUAUAACGAUUAGUUAAAUAAUGUUUGCAAUUAGAAGCUCUUAAGUAUUUGAUACAGAUUUUGUAUAUUUUUUUGUACAGUUUGUAUGGUGUUUGGUGUAUUUUCCAAAAAACGCAGUCUUGAAAAUAGUUAUAUUCCUUUUUAUUCGCAUUAAACAUAAAAUUAAUGAAAUAUCAUUUAUAAAAUUUAAUGCUGUUAAAAGAUGUAAUUUAGAUAUUUAUAGAAUAUACAUGUUAAUGUAUUGUUUUCAAGGGGAUAAAGGAAAUAAAUUUUCAGAAUACAU